UGGUAAUGUGACGAUAAUAAGCAGCAGCAGUUUUGUACUAUUGAGUGUCUGGGAAUAGAGCGAACCUGAAUGAUGGAAAAUUCAGAGGUCUCUCUCUUGGCUCUUAUUCACCAACAUCUUGUGCUGAGUGGAUACAGUAAAGCAGCAAGAGCACUCCAGCAUCAGAGUGGAAAGAAAUUUACUUCCCAAAAUGUUUUGCUUCAUGAUAUCUUCACAUACUGGACUAAACAUCAAAACAAUGAUAAGAAAACCGUAAACCAUGACAUCAAUAAACAACGGGUCCCUGAUCCCAUGAGCAGCUCCGAGACCUCUGAUGAGGAGGACAGAGAACCAGCAUCGGGUGCCAAGACCGUAAUUGAGAAAGGCAAAAAGAUCACAAAGAAACAGGAUACUAAGGCCAAGGUGUCCAAUGCAAAAACAAAAAAUGUGAAUUCUGUGAAAACCUCUGCAUCUAAAGCAAAAAUCUUACCUGAAAUCGCCUCCAAACUUGCUACUGUGUCUGAGAGUAGUGAGUCAUCUGAUAGUGAGGAGGAGACUGCAUCAAAAGUCGCCCCACCAGCUGUAUCUUCUGCAGCAACCACAAAACCGCCUCUAAAAACGGCAGAGAGCUCUGAUAUCUCAUCAAGUUCCGAUUCUGAAAUGGAGACUGCUAAACAACCAAUAAUUCCAACUCCAAAAGCAGCAACCCCAUCAAACGCCCUGACGGUAAAAGGAAAAAUGCAGCCUGCAAAAGCACCUGUCAGACCUGAUGAGAGCAGCUCAGAGACCAACAUAUCUGACAGUGAGGAGGAAGCAGUGAAAAAGCCUCAGGUCACUGCAGCACAAGUGCACACGUUACAGAAGACCGGAACAACUGCUUCUCCAUCUAAAACCAAAAAACAUUCCACUACAGCUCCUGCAAAACCAGAUACAGAUGAAGGUUCAGGGAGCAGUGACACAUCAGACAGUGAUGAUGAUGUGGUGCCGGCAACCCAGCACCUUAUCCCAGCACCCCAUGGUAAAACCAGCCUAGCUACCAAAUUGUCCGGAACACCACAGUUGGCCAAGUCUGUAACGCCUGUGACUCCAGCCAAAGCAUUACCAGUAGCCGAAAGCUCAGACAGCAGUAGCUCAUCAGACAGUGAUGAAGAACCAGCUGCAAAGACUCCUGUCCCAGCAUCCCAGGGUAAGAACAAGCUACCCAUCAAGUCAUCAGGGGCACCUACACCACUGCUGGCCAAGUCUGUAAAGGCCACCAGCCCAGCCAAGUCACCUGUGACACCUGCAGCUGAGAGCUCUGAGAGCAACGGCUCAUCAGACAGUGAGGAGGAGCCAAAUAUAAAGACUCCUCCUCCAUCAUCACAGGGUAAGACCAAACCAGCUGCCAAGUCAUCAGGGGCACCUACACCACUGCUGGCUAAUUCUGUAAAGGCCGCCAGCCCAGCCAAGACACCGGUGGCAUCUGUGCAGAAACCUGUAGCUGAGAGCUCUGAGAGCAGCGACUCAUCAGACAGUGACGAGGAGCCAAAUGCAAAGACUCCUCCUCCAUCAUCACAGGGUAAGACCAAACCAGCUGCUAAGUCUUCAGGGGCACCUACACCCCUGCUGGCCAAGUCUAUAAAGGCUGCCGCCCCUUCCAAGACACCUGUAGCAACUGUACAGAAACCUGCAGCUGAGAGCUCUGAGAGCAGCGGCUCAUCAGACAGUGAGGAGGAGCCAAAUGUAAAGCCAAUAAUUCCAACUCCAAAACCUGCAACCCCAUCAAAUGCCCUGAAGGUAAAAGGAAAAGUGCAGCCGGCAAAAGCACCUGUCAGACCUGAUGAGGAGAGCGACUCAGAGACCAACAUAUCUGACAGUGAGGAGGAAGCAGUGAAAAAGACUCCUCUCCCAGCACUACAGGGUAAGACCAAACCAGCUGCCAAGUCAUCAGUGGCACCUACACCACUGCUGGCCAAAUCUGUAAAGGCCGCCAACCCAGCCAAGACACCUGUGGCAUCUGUGCAGAAACCUGUAGCUGAGAGCUCUGAGAGCAGCGGCUCAUCAGACAGUGACGAGGAGCCAAAUGUAAAGACUCCUCUCCCAGCACCCCAGGGUAAAACCAAACCAGCUGCCAAGUCAUCAGGGGCAUCUACACCACUGCUGGCCAAGUCUGUAAAAGCCACCAGCCCAGCCAAGACACCGGUGGCAUCUGUGCAGAAACCUGUAGCUGAGAGCUCUGAGAGCAGCGGCUCAUCAGACAGUGACGAGGAGCCAAAUGUAAAGACUCCUCUCCCAGCAUCCCAGGGUAAGAACAAGCUACCCAUCAAGUCAUCAGGGGCACCUACACCACUGCUGGCCAAGUCUGUAAAGGCUGCCAGCCCAGCCAAGACACCGGUGGCAUCUGUUCAAAAAUCUGCAGCUGAGAGCAGCGGCUCAUCAGACAGUGACGAGGAGCCAAAUGCAAAGAUUCCUCCUCCAUCAUCCCAGGGUAAGAGCAAACUACCCAUCAAGUCAUCAGGGGCAUCUACACCACUGCUGGCCAAGUCUGUAAAGGCCGCCAGCCCAGCCAAGACACCAGUGGCAUCUGUGCAGAAACCUGCGGCUGAUAGCUCUGAGAGCAGUGGCUCAUCAGACAGUGACGAGGAGCCAAAUGCAAAGAAUCCUCUCCCAGCACCACAGGGUAAGACCAAAUCAACUGCCAAGUCAUCAGGUGCAUCUAUCCCACUUCUCGCCAAAUCUGUAAAGGCCGCUAGCCCAGCCAAGGCAACUGUACAGAAACCUGCAGCUGAGAUCUCUGAGAGCAGUGAUUCAUCAGAUAGUGAAGACGACACAGAAUCAAAGGCGGUGGAAACCAAAACUAGUCAAACAAAACAGGAACCACCCAAACGGGUACCAGCUCCAAAAUCUGAAGCAAAACCAACUGCAUCUCAAGUCAAAGCUGCAAAAGGAAAAACUGUCACUCCAGCUAAAGCGGCCGGUGCCAGGGAGACAGCAGAAACUGAUGAUGGCAGUUCUGGUUCUACAGACUCUUCUGAUGAUGAUGAAGAGACAUCACCAACACUGAAAAAGCCAGUGUUACCCACACCUAUAGCCACCAAGACCGCAAAGAAGAAUCUUGCUACUCCAGUUAUGAAGCCGUUAUUGACGUCCACACCAGCUGAUGUCAGUGCAUCUAAAGGGAAAGGCAUUUCUACGCUGACUCCAGUAACUGGGAAGCCUAAGGCAGCAGAUAGCUCCGUAAGCAGUGAUACCACAGACAGUGACGAUGAAACGUUUACCCUUCAAACGCCACCUACAGUCAAAGCAAAACCGGGAAAUGUGACACCUGCAGCAACGAAUGUCACAGCAGCAAAGGGAAAGGCUUCUGCUCAGACCCCUGCAACACUGAAGCCAACUGCAGCUGCUGAGAGUUCUGACAGCAGUGACUCCUCAGACAGUGACGAAGAGCUUUCUGUGAAGAAGGCUCCGAUUGUGACUCCAAACAAAGCAUCUCUAGCAAAAUCCACAACAAAUGCAACUAAAGUGGUAAAAGGUAAAGAUACUGCGCGUCCCUCAGACAGUGGCUCAUCAGACAGUGACGAGGGAAUGGAAGCUAAGACAACAUCAGCUCUCUCCAACGGUAAAAAGGGCAUAUCUGUAGCAUCCCAGCAAGCUCAGAGUACAGGACCAAAAGCUGCUCUUACAUCAGCAAAAAUGGACUCAGCUGAUGUGUCAGAAACCAGCGACUCAUCAGAAAGCGAAGAGGAAACUGUUACACAGGCUCUCCACAAACUACCAGUGCCUGCAAAGCCCACACCACAAAAGCGAAAGAGACCAUUAAAAACAAACAAUAAGUUGCCUUCUGCCAUGGAUGAAACAGGGAAAAAAAAGAAUGAGUCCAGCAACAAAAUUCAGCCUGGCCCAGCAUCAGCGAUUGAUUCAGAAGUGGAAACGGUUAUGGCCCUGUUGGCAGGAGAGAGCCCAAAGAAGAAGAAAACAAAAUCAAAGAGGAAAGCAUUAGAGAAUUCAGCAGCUGCUGUGGCUGUAUCCACGGAACUCCGUAAUAAUGUUAAUGCAGACUGGGUGCCGGAGAGCCCGAGUUCUGUGGAUGGGAAAGCUCAAAUAUCGCUACCCACGGUGGCUACAAUAGGGGCAGUCACAGCUUCUGUAAAAGAGAAAAAGGCCAAAAAGAGGAAGAUUUCCUCUGAAGAUGCAGCUGCAAAAAAAAUGGCAAAACUUGCAAAGAAGGCAAAAAAAGAAGGCAAGAAAGAAAAGAAAAAACUUAAGUUGGCUGCAGCAGAGACAGGAGAUGCAACACCAAAGAAAAAAGUAAAAAAAGACAAGCUGACGUCUGAGAAAAAGAAGUCAAAUAAAAAAAAGAAAGCAUCAAAAGAAAAGAAAAAGAAGGGAUCUGGAGAUACCUCACUUGGAAACAAAGUAGAAGCUUCUGAUAUUCCCCUCCAAGCCUAAAGAAAAA